CAUCAGUGCAUCCUGUUGAGGAGACUAAUGUCAGCCGCUGCCUGACAUCUCAAACAUUUACUGAUAGACGUUGCCAUUUUGGGGUACCUCAUUGAGUGGAGGCCCGCUCAGCGUUAACCUACCACUUGACUGUAUCUAAAGGCUUUCCGGCCCUGCAGCCCCGGCGCAGAACCGGAUCUCUCCUUCGCAAUCCAUACAAGAAUUUACCUCUGGCACGCGCCACUAUCGAGUUUCUUCUUCCUUUUCUUUCGGUUGCCUAUUUGAUACCUAGUUCAAUAUGUCGCAGCCCGAACGUGGCCAAGUGUUGCUGGAAUCUAUCGUUGAGGUUGGCACCAACGCCUUCAACCCAGCUGCGCCCGAGAGUAUACGACCAACGAGGAUCGCGGAGUUUGACGACUUGAUUGAAAGGACCAAAACACUCAACCUGCUCGCCGCCCUCAACAAGCUCAUCCGGCCCGGCGCUGUUCCGCCAUGGCUACGCCCCAAGAUCAUGGAGAAGCUGACUUGCGUGCCGCUUCGCCCAGACGGCGUUCGGGGAACACUGGAGUUUGUCGUCUCGGUGCAUCCCUCAAGUACCGUCAAGGCAUCCGAAGCCGCCGUUCCCCAGAAAAAGGGGGCCAACAUCACCCAGGAAGCGCUCGAGCUUGCCUCCAAGGUCCUAUCGAAUCCCCCCAAGUCAGUAACGCCCGAGACAUGGUACUCGACCAUCUCAGCGCAGCUGCUGCAGUUGCUUGACGGAAAUGAGGGGCCGGACUUGACCAAGGCUGCCUCUUAUGUCAUUGGUUUCGGUAUCUUAGGAAGACAGAUAUCGGGAGCCCCAGGCACGCCGGGUUACCGUUUCUUUGCGAUGCCAUUACUUGGUCCCAUCCAACCUCCUCCCGGGCUUGACUUUGAUAAAGAUGCAGAUACCGAACCCGGCGACGGCAUUGUUUACGCCGGCAGGUACCGGGUUCUUGUCCCGUACGAUGACCUGGUCACGGCACUUCGUCGACUGCAUUCGUUGCUGCUUUUGCACCCCAAUCCAAACCUGUGCAAGCGGCUGCUCAGUCCAAUCAUUCUCGGUCUCUGGGCGCUUGCAUCCUGGUCUGAACCGCAACCACAUGCCGCGGAGAAAGUGUGCAAGCCUGCGCUGGAGUUAUUAAAGGUCUACUUAAAAGUAGCGCCAGCUCCCGACCGUAUCCUUCAGCUGAUCCACAACCUGGGCUACCGUGGCGGCUAUGACAAAAACACUCCUGAAUGGACCUACAAGGGCACAGAGACAGGUUUGAUUCGAAUCGUGGACGCCAGGCAACGCGCCGGGGAUCUCAGCGUCUCCGCAUCAGGUCUCACUUUAGGAAACAUCGACCAGAAGGCUUCGAAGCUCUUGGACAUUGUUUCAUCGAGCCUUUCUGACGCCGAUAUCUCGACUGCCUUUCUGGAACUCCUCAAGAGAUGGCUAAAGUCGGCCAGGGGUUCAAAAAGGGGCGAAAUUGUCGUCAAGGAGGCAGAAGAGAAGGAUCCCAUUGUCCAAUUGCACGAGAUGAAGACGCUCCAGGCCAUGUUGGAGAGGUUCCCUGAGAAGCUAGCUACUCAACCCACCCACCUCAUCGAUCUCGUGAGCCAGAUCCUAGCCGGCUUGGGAGACGCCUUGGACGGUAACGAAGAAGUCAUUGGGAUAGCACUCAGUCUCUUAAACGUGGUCAUCACGGCUCCAGGCUUCCGGAGGUCGGGCGUGGACCCCAACGUCCUUAGCCUGAUUGAGUCAUCUCUCGACAAGCUUUCCAAAGCCCCCAACGACCUUUCGCAAACAGCAUCCAACCUCCGCCUCCUCCUCGUCUACCGGGAUGAGCUUGAUCCCAGCUCGUCUACCACCAGUGCUCCCACAGACCAGCAAAUUGAGGACAGGAAAACCUACAGUCUCGCCAUCUCAUACAUUACCGAAGCGGAGGCUCCACCCCCGAUCCGCGCCGAAGGUCUCAACCUGAUAUCAACCCUCAUCACGUCAAACUCCCCAAUCCUCGACAUCCCUGGCAUCCUCGUACUCCUUUCGUCACUGAUGUCCGACUCGGACGAAUUCAUCUACCUCCGCAUUAUCAAACUCUACACCCUCCUCUGCAACCGCCACCCUCAAUCCGUCGUGCGCGAACUAACGGACCACUUCCUCGACGCCAAGGAAACCCACCCGCUCGAUGCCCGCCUGCGCUUCGGCGAGGCGCUGCUGCAGGUGAUCCAGCGCCUGGGGGAGACCUUUACGGCCUCGCUCGCCCAGGAGACGGGCACGGCGCUGGUGGCAGUCGCGGGCCGGCGCGGGCGCAGGCCUAAGACGGAGGCCAGACAGCGGCGCGAGGCGAGGGCGCAGGAGAAGCGGAACCGCGAGGCGGCCGAGGCGUGGGGCGGCGAGCUGCCGGACAUGAGCGACGACCACGACGUGCCAGAGGAGGAGAGAAUGCGGAACGAAGCGCUGGAGAGGAUCGUCGAGGGGUGGGAGAGCAAGCGCGGGAGCGAGGAUGUAAGGGUGCGCGCGUCGGCACUGUCGGUCCUCGGGGCGGCGGUCGAGGUGAAUCUUGUGGGCUUGGGAAAGGAGAUAGUCACCGGCGCGGUGGACUUGUGCUUGUCUGUGUUGCAGCUGGAGAGGGAGGUGGAGAAGGGGAUUUUGAGGAGGGCGGCGGUCGUGUUUGUGCUGAGCUUUGUAAGGGCGCUCGAGGAGGCCAGGGAGAACGGAAGGGAUCUCGGGUUUGGGUUUGGCAAGACGGCGCAGGAGGACGUGAUGCGCACGUUGAGGUAUGUUGCUGAGACGGACAACGACGGGCUGGUGGUGCAGCAUGCGCGGGAUGCGGUCGAGAGCUUGGAGAAUUGGCAGCUUAUCAGGCUGCUGCCGGCGGCCUCGGAGCGCAGUCAAGCUGCGUUGCGCGGUGGGUUGAUGAAGUUGGCUGGACUGGAGAUUGACCCGGAGAGGUCCCUUGCUGGCCGGGAAAGCUCGACGCCGAAGCCGAAGCCGAAGAUUGAGGAGGUCGAGUAGGUUAGUGAAAUACGGAUCAGG